AUGUGUUAUCGUGAAACGUCGUCAUCUAGUACAGAGAAAGUUAAGUUUCUGAGGGAAGAGACUGAUCAACCUGAUGAAGGAAACGUUUGGGGGACUACGCAUGUAGAAUGCAUAGAGAGUUAUAUCACGGUACCACCGCACUACGACACACCAAAUCGAUGCUGCAGGACCCAUCUCACCCUAUUUUACAGCUUGCUGGCGCCGGCGCACGAACUCAGCGCUGCCGGAUCCGUCCCACUCCAUUUUAUUGCUUUUUUCUGA